AUUGACAACACACCCUGACGAGCACACGCACACUCCAGCCGGUCUGACUGCAAAUCGAGCAAGAACUCAACUUUCAAUUGGAAAGAUGCCGAGAUCGUUCCUAGUGGAUUCCUUGAUCCUGCGGGAGGCUAGCGACAAGGGGAGGGAAAACAACCCACCUUUAUUCCCGUACGCGGUGCACCCCUCGCACACUCUGCACGGGCUCUCUGCGGGGUCCUGCCACUCUCGGAAACCGGGGUUUCUCUGCGUCUGUUCCUUGUGUGUCACGGCGUCUCAGCUUCACCCGUCUCCACCAGCUAUACCUCUGCUGAAAGCUUCUUUCCCGUCGUUCGGAUCCCAGUAUUGUCACUCCACGCUUGGGAGGCAACACAACACAUCGACGGGACUCAAUCUGAGCCACGGAGCAGGGAUCUACCAAGCAGCUUAUCCCAUACCCGAUCCGAGACAGUUUCACUGCAUUUCUAUUGAAAGCAACAGCAGUCAGCUGCAGAGCAGCAAACGGAUGCGCACAGCCUUCACCAGCACACAGCUUCUGGAGUUGGAGAGGGAGUUCUCCUCCAACAUGUACCUCUCCAGACUGAGACGCAUCGAGAUCGCUACGUACCUGAACCUGUCCGAGAAGCAAGUGAAAAUCUGGUUUCAGAACCGCAGGGUCAAGCACAAGAAAGAAGGCAAAAGCAGCUCCCAUCGGGUCGGGUCCCACGGGUGCAAGUGCGCCUCCCUGUCGUCAGCGAGGUGUUCGGAGGAGGAGGAGGAGGACAUGCCGAUGUCUCCCUCCUCAUCGGGGAAGGAGGACACGGAGCUCUCUGUCACGCCAUGAGCCAUCCACCCACCCUCAGAGACUAUCCCUGCAACCACUGCAGGACUUAAGCAGCAGGACUCUUCACAGCCAAAACACAAAUUGUAAAGACUUUUAAAUAAUAAUGAUAGUAAUAAAAAAAAAAAAUAAACUAUUUGUGCAGAGUACCCAGUUUAUACCCACUACACUGGCGACAAGAUUGAUCAUUGCAAAUGUGCCAAUCUUAUAUUGUUUAAAUGUGUAUCUAUAUUGUAAGUUUGAUGUCUUUUUGAAAUGAUCUCCACAGAGAGUUGCCUAUCUGAAUUCUGCAGUGAGAUCGCGGCCUGUCAUUUCUGAUAUAUACGAAUUGUAUAAACGUCGAAUUGGUUAGCGUUAUAUUUUUGUAAAAAUAAUAGCCGAGUAUUUUGUAUCGGUGUUGAAAACUGUGUAGCUUUACCGAAAUGUUUUCAAGCAUCUCUUUUGUUGGAGAUGUGAGAUCGCGCGCGUUUCUUCUCACUGAGCGGUACAGUGUGUUCCGGAUCAUGUCAAGUGUUGUUUUGCAUUUUUCAUGAUGUUUCUUA